AUGACGGGAGAUCGGAGAAAAUUCGAUUACCACGGCAAGAACAUUCUAGCUCCCAUGGUUCGCGUGGGGACACUGCCAACACGUCUGCUGGCUCUCGAGUUCGGUGCUGACCUCGUCUACUCAGAGGAACUCAUCGACUAUCGACUAUUGAAGUGCAAACGAGUGGAGAACACACUCCUAGGGAGCAUUGACUACAUCGACGCCGAGAACCAGAUACUUUACAGAACUUGUGCCGCCGAAAGAGGUCGGAACAUCGUCCAGAUAGGGACUUGCAGCCCAGAGAGAGCGGUCAGAGUCGCGAAUAUGAUCAAGGCAGACGUUGCCGGCAUCGACGUGAACAUGGGCUGUCCGAAAGAGUUCUCCAUCAAAGGGAACAUGGGCGCUGCGCUCUUGACUCAACCGGAGAGGAUUGAGGCGAUAUUGACCGCUCUCCGCGAGGCCCUCCCCGAUCAUCUCGUCACUUGCAAAAUACGUGUUUUUGACGACGUCGAAAAGACCAUCGAACUCUGCAAGCGAAUGGAAGCUACCGGAGUCGAUGCAAUCGGCGUUCACGGCCGUACAAGAGACGAGAGACCUCAACACGCGAACCGGAAUGCCGCAAUCAAAGCUGUCGCAGAUGCGUUGAGGAUCCCCGUGAUCGCGAAUGGCGGAUCAUCUGAGAUCCGGAACCACGAGGACAUCGACAAGUUCCGCCGGAACUGCGGGGCGGCAGCUGUCAUGAUCGCGAGACAGGCGGAGGAGAACGUGUCGAUUUUCCGUAAGGAGGGCAUGCUUAGCUGGCGGGAACUCGUCGACCGGUACCUCAGUGCUGCUAUCGUAUGGGAUAAUCGCUUCCCGAACACAAAAUACUGCAUACAGCGCAUUCUCGGGUCGCUGCAGGAUUCGACGGACGAGGGCCGGAAGUUCCUUCACACAAGGUGCAUGGAGGACAUCUGUGAUAUCUGGGGAUUCCGAGAACUGUUCGAAGAGAAGCAGGCCCAGUGGGAAACCGGGGGAUCGUUGCGUGAUAUUGACGAUGACGGGACGCGCAUCAAUAGGGGAAUCAAGAGGAAGAUGGAGAACGACCCGGAUACCUUCGGUAUCGAGGUGAAGUUCUGUCGGAAUCUUUUCGGCAUGUCCGACCUCCCCAAAACGGUCCUUUUGAACAAAAGCCGAGCGGAAGGUCUUGAGCAGCCGGACUACGAGAUAAUUCCCGUCGACAAGAUGUUCCGAGCGGUGGUCGUUUACGGCGGCAAGAAGUACACAAGUCUCUUCCGCGAGAAAAACAAACGGAUGGCUGAGCAAGGAGCUGCCUUGGUUUGUCUCUUCGCGCUCGGGGUGAUGGGUGACGACAAGAUCAGAGGGGAGUCGGAAGCGAAACUAUUUGCCGAAAGCCUCCGGAAAGCUUAG